UCGUGCUUCCCUUCUCCCGCGAAAGAAAAGAGAAGCGCGUUUUUAAACCAGGGAAUGGGAGAUUUGGGGUUGGCAUCUUUUCCCACUCUCCUUACUCUGUCCCUUCCCCUUGAGUUCCCAAAUUCAAAGGGGUGUGAACAGGAGGAGGAGCAGAAGCAGCCCUUGUCCAUGGUGCACCAGAGCUGUUCUAAAUCUUACCCACCCCACUUGCAGUCAGUCAGCCUGGAGGCACCAAACUAUUAGCGACGAAGACGCAGCCCUUGGUGACUUUCACUACCUUUUCAUCCCCUCUCCAGACAUAUUUUGGAGCUGGAAGCAGCGGUGGCAGUAUGUGAGGCGACCCUGGAGCUCACUUCAGAGUCGCUCGCUCUUUGAAGCUAGGGCGUGUGAGUUUUGCGCAUCGGUUGGAGGUUCCCGGGAAACGCUGAAGCAGCGCAGGAGGGAGGAGGGCAGGCAGAGUUUACAACUGGCGCCUGUGCUGCGUUUGAGUGAGCUGGUGGGUCUGCUGCUUUCUGGAGUUUCCGUGCCUUACGAGGGGCGCGAAGGCCAAGGGUUGAGGCGCUUCCAUUACUGCGUGCAUUGCGUGGCCUAGGCGACGUGCAGCUGGAACAAGGCUCCUCCAAAGCAAAGUUGCGCAAAAAGAAGAGGCUGGGAGGCAGAAGACUUAGCAGUAAGCAGAGACAGCACCUGCCAUUCUAAGAAGGGCGGAAUGGUUUAGGAACUCUCCUUAGCCGCUCUCCCUGGAGUUCCCCCCAGAGUCCACAGAAGCUCCGUUGAACUCUAGAAAUUUUCCCUAGGCGGACAGAAGUUUCCUGGUAUCCUCCCUGGCUGACACUGAGAGCUGAGAAACAGGCGAAGCUGUUGUGUCCGCUGCUUGGGAAAACACUUCCUCCAACCCUGCUUGUCAUUGGGCAGUCUGAACGCCCGCUAAAUCCUACCCGGAGCACACCUGGAAACCCAGCUCACCGUUUCGCCUUGGACAUGGGAUUACACGCCUGAGACCUGCUGGACGUUGCUGGUUGUUUUACAGGACUCAGCUGUGAAAGAAACUUAACGAUGAAGCCGCCAGUUCUUUUGGUUCUUGUGGUCUGUUCUGUAGUCAGCACAAAUUUGAAGAUGGUAUCAAAGAGAAAUUCUGUGGAUGGCUGUAUUGACUGGUCAGUGGAUCUCAAAACAUACAUGGCUUUGGCAGGUGAACCAGUCCGAGUGAAAUGUGCUCUUUUCUAUAGUUAUAUUCGCACCAACUAUAGCAUGGCCCAGAGCACUGGGCUCAGACUUAUGUGGUACAAAAACAAAGGUGAUUUGGAAGAGCCCAUCAUCUUUUCAGAGGUCAGGAUGAGCAAAGAAGACGAUUCAAUAUGGUUUCAUUCGGCUGAAGCUCAAGACAGUGGAUUCUAUACUUGUGUUUUAAGAAACUCGACAUACUGCAUGAAGGUGUCAAUGUCCUUGACUGUUGCAGAGAAUGAAUCUGGCCUAUGCUACAAUAGUAGGAUUCGCUAUUUAGAAAAGUCUGAAGUCACUAAAAGAAAAGAAAUUUCCUGUCCAGAUAUGGAUGAUUUUAAAAAGUCUGAUGAGGAGCCGGAAGUUGUAUGGUACAAGGAAUGCAAGCCAAAAAUGUGGAGAAGCAUAAUAAUACAGAAGGGAAAUGCUCUUCUAAUCCAGGAAGUUCAAGAAGAAGAUGGAGGAAAUUACACAUGUGAACUUAAAUAUGAAGGGAAAGUGGUAAGACGUACAACUGAACUAAAAGUUACAGCUUUACUCACAGACAAGCCUCCCAAACCAUUGUUCCCCAUGGAGAAUCAGCCAAGUGUUAUAGAUGUCCAGCUGGGUAAGCCUCUGAACAUUCCUUGCAAAGCAUUUUUUGGAUUCAGUGGAGAGUCUGGGCCAAUGAUCUACUGGAUGAAAGGGGAAAAGUUCAUUGAAGAACUAGCAAGUCACAUUCGAGAAGGUGAAAUAAGGCUUCUCAAAGAGCAUCUUGGAGAAAAAGAAGUUGAAUUGGCACUCAUCUUUGAUUCAGUGGUGGAGGCUGACCUGGCUAAUUACACCUGUCAUGUAGAAAACCGAAAUGGACGGAAACAUGCCAGCGUUCUGCUUCGUAAAAAGGACUUAAUCUACAAAAUUGAGCUUGCUGGAGGUCUAGGAGCAAUCUUUCUCCUUGUUAUACUGCUGGUGAUCAUCUAUAAGUGCUAUAACAUUGAACUUAUGCUCUUUUAUCGACAACACUUUGGAAGUGAUGAAACUAUGGAUGACAACAAGGAGUAUGAUGCCUGUCUGUCUUACACCAAAGUGGAACAAGAUACUUUAGACUGUGACAAACCUGAAGAAGAGCGAUUUGCACUUGAAAUACUUCCAGAUGUCCUGGAAAAACACUAUGGAUACAAAUUAUUCAUCCCAGAAAGGGAUCUGAUCCCAAGUGGAACAUACAUUGAAGAUCUCACAAGAUGUAUUGAGCAAAGCAGAAGACUUAUUAUCCUGCUAACUCCAGGAUAUAUUCUCAGACGGGGAUGGAGUAUUUUUGAGCUGGAAAGCAAACUUCAUAACAUGCUAGUCAGUGGAGAAAUCAAAGUAAUUUUUAUUGAGUGUACAGAGUUAAAAGGAAACCUGAAUUUCCAGGAAGUAGAAUCACUAAAGCGCAGCAUCAAACUUCUGUCUCUCGUCAAGUGGAAGGGACCCCAAAGCAGCAAAUUAAAUUCUAAGUUUUGGAAGCAGUUAGUAUAUGAAAUGCCCAUCAAGAAAAAAGAAAUGCUAUCACGGCGUCAUGUUCUGGACUCUGCAGAACAAGGACUUUUUGGAGAACUCCAGCCUGUACCUUCAAUUACCAUGACCAGUACCUCUGCUACUCUCGUGCCAUCUCAAGCUGAUCUCCCAGAUUUCCACCAUUCAGAUUCAGUGCAAAUGAGACACUGCUGUCGAGGUUAUAAUCAUGAAAUGCCAACAAGCACCUUGCAAUUACCUUCUUUAGGCAACCACCACACUUAUUGUAACUUGCCUAUGGCACUACUCAAUGGACAACAGCCGCUAAAUAAUGCCCUGAAAGAUAAUCAGGAAUUUCCUAAGAACAGUUCCCUGCUACCUUUGUCAUCCAAAGAGCUUAGUUUCACCAGUGACAUUUGGUAGUGAAGAAACUGAAUUCCUUUGAACAGUUAUAUGAGCACACAGAAUUUCGGCUACACCAAGCGAAAAGUAUGCCCAGUAACACUGAAGUACUGAGAAAGUGAAAAAAGGUACAGGAAUUGCUUUUGUACUUAAAUGUUUUUUUUUGUUUGUUUGUUUGUUUUCAUUUGCAAAAUAGUGAGUGAGGAGCAAAGGACAUACUUUUGUAGUGUGACACUUUUUUCCGAUGUACAGUCUUGAUUUCCUCCAGCAGAAGAAAAUUUUAACAUUGUGUUGGGUUUUAGAAGAUUUCAUGAUACUACAUGGACUGCAACCAUAUUUGGUGAAGUGUGUUCCCCAUAUUGAUGACUAUUUCUGGUAUUUGAAAUGAGAAAAUUAAAACUUAGGGGAAUUUGGAAAUCUGAACUAAGUUAAAGGGGAAAGAAAAUGUCUAGAGAGUAACUGAAGAGUCAGGAAUUUUAAAGAAACAAUGUUGAGGGACUCCAGCUGGAAGAUUAUUUGUAAAAGAUGAGUUAAGAAAAAAAUAUGAUUGAAAUGUUUAGAACUUCUUCAACGUAAUGGACAGCUUCUGUGGACUAAUUAGUAAUAGCAGCUUUUAGAUUAUUAAGUAAACGCAUCUUCUGUAGGCAACCUGGCGGAUAGCUAAUCAAUGUGCAUUUCUUAAGCAAAUGAAUAGAUAGGCUGUGAACUCCUUUAGGAGAGUUUUGAGCAACCCUUAUGACUUUCUGGUUUAUUGCAAAAGUUUCAAAACUUUGAAAAUACAUUUUAAAGUGCACAUUCUAUUAUAUUCUAACUCACAUUUGGAUGUCUUUUUCUACCCCCAAAUAAUCCUUGACUGACUAUAGGCAGAUGUGGACAUUUUCUUACUUGUAUUUCAGCAUCACUGAAGUUCGGAUUUAAAUAUAUACUGACUGCAACUUUCAGCAAUUGAAAAGAAGUAAUACAACAGUACUCAUCGAUGAAGUGCUUAAGUGAUUCAAAUUUACUAGUGGUAGAGCAGCAAAUGCAGGGAUUCUCAACAUAAUGUAAUUGUGAAAUGCACUGUUCUGUACAUACACACCAUAUGCUUAUCCAUGUGUACAAGGAUCCAGAACAAAUGCAUAUAUAUACUGAUAUUUCAAGAAACAUAUUUGACAAACUAGACUUGUUCACCCUCAAAUAAUAACGAGUGUGACUGAACUAUAUCAGAAAAAUCUCUGUGUAUAAUAUAUUUCCUGUUUACUAUGAGUGUACCCCCGUUCUAGUACUUGUUGUGAAUAAUAAUAUAUUCUUUCCAAUUUAUCAAAUUUGGUGUGCUCUUCACCUAGAUGCCUAUUGGAGUCAAUUGUUUAUCAAGAUUGAUUUGGGAACUUGCAAAUGGUUUGUAAAUCAAGUUUGUGGACAAAUAUAAGCAACGACAAAUAUAUACAAUGUAUACAAAUUAAGAAUUCUCCCAACUCUUGUAAAUUGUGAACUCAAAUGUAUAAAAGAGUAUUAGAUAAUAUGUGUUAUUUCUCUUAACCUCUUCCCACUAUUUAUUCUCUGUGAUCCAUGAGUUAUAUUCAAAGUACUUGUUUCUCUCUUGCUUUCCUCCAUCCAACUCUUCAGAAAAUAUAGUAUAUGCCAACAAUAUGUGGAAACUUAGCUGUGAUAUAUAUGUUCAUUUCACAAUGGGACAAUUAGUUGCUUAUUUGCAAAAUGCUGUUCAACAUAUGUAGUGUUUCAUAGAUACUAUUUUUCCAUGGAGAAAUAAGAUUUUGCUUUUGUAAAAAUGGCAGGUAUUUAAAAAUGAAAAUCCACCAAUGCCUAAUUGUUUUCCAAGUGUUGUAAAGUUGUAUGUACUCUGUAUGUAUAAUUACUAAGUUAAUAAUUUGCAUGAAAUGAGUAGUACAUGUUUCAGUGACCAAUUGUGCUUUUUACUAUUUUUUCACAGAAAUUUAGGUUAAUUCAAAUAAUGUUUAGUAGUAUUUUUAAACUAAUAGUUCUGUAUUAAGCAUGCCAGUUCUGAAAAUAUAACAUGGGUCUCUCUGCUUCUUUUAUUUAUAAUGAUUAAACGUGGGUAGCAAUUUGAGUUGGCUGGCCACAAUGUAUCCUUUCACUACUAGUAGGUGCUCAAAGACAGAGCAUUCACACUUGUGCUGGGGAACUUGACAAGUAAUCUUUUUUACAAUUUUCAGGAACUAGUGUGUAUGCUAUCUGUGACAUUUAUUUCUAGGUGGCAAUUUUAGAGUUUCAUUUUCGUGUGAUAAUUUUAAGAUAUAGAGCAUAAACAUAUUAGAAGUAUUAGGUCAAGAAUAUAAGGUAUUCUUCCAGUUGGUUUUUCAGUGUAAAUAUUUUUUUUCUUUUCAACUUUUCACUGAAAUGGAUUUUGGAAAUCUAGAAAAAACGCUGAUAUAGCUAGUUCUCACACAAGUAUAAACAUUUGUCAUUGUGUUACUGUAUGUAAGCAUAUAUUUAAUAGUGAACUUUGUAAGGUGAAGCAUUUUGAAAGAAUAAGAAAUUAUGACAUAAUUGAGAAGUUUAUAAAAUCAAAAUAAUACAAAAGAAAUGGAAACUAUCAUGAGAACAAAUCAUAAGAAGAUGGACAACUUGUACAUGGGCUUCAUUUGACAAACUAUGUUCCCCUUCCCUUCGGUACAGGUAUUGAACUCACGACUGCCUGCUUGCAAGGCAGGCGCUUAUGCCGCUGAGGUAAAUCCCCAGCCCCUGACAAACUAUGAAUUCUGGCAAAAUUAAUCAUGUAAUGCACUUCAGUCUAAUCAUAGAUACUCUGAAAUGUAGCUAUAUGCUUCCUAACAAAAUGAUGCUCCUCCAUGCUUUAUGCAUUAGUUAAAUUAGAUCCAAAUCUAUUCUAUUUUACAAUUCAAAACUAUAAGUGCAGAGACACUUUUAUUCAUUUUGUAAGUCUUGAACACAAGUCAGUAUUAUGGGAAAGGUGAAUAUUUUGGUUGAGGAUGAAUCAUUAAAAUUGUGGGGCUUACAGGAGGAACCCAGGUACAAUGAGAAGUAGAAGUAGAGUUCAUUUAUGACUUUACAGCAUAGUUCAAAAGAUAUUAAAUGAGUAGUAUCCUAAACAUUAGUUCUGCAAAGGGCAAAUGUGAGAAAAAAAUUCUGCCAUGAAAGGGAAGGAGAUGCUAAUUACUCAUGUGACAUUUGAAGGAUUCUCAAGAAUAUGGAGCCACUGGUUUUAAAACAUUUAUUGUGUUUUAUAUUUUAUUUUAAAAUAAAUGAUUCACCUUUUACAAAGUAUUCUCUAGAAUGACCAAAGAAACGUCCUAAAUUCUUGCACCUGCAAUUCUUUACCCCCCUUGCAUUCAUUUGCCAGUGUGAGGUAAUAAAUUGAUAAAGCCAGACUAAAGAGAGAAAAUACUUCCAUAGUGAAUACUUGCAAUUGUUGUUGCUUUUUGGGGGAGAGCAAAUGUAACAUUGAGAAUUGUAUGGCUCCAAUUUCUCCAUUACUCAUGCAUUUGUUUUCUAAAAUGUCUGAUAAGAGAUUACAGUUUUGAGAAUUAGGGCUCUCUGAUGAAUGUAUGGGGGUAGUUUAAUAAAAUGUAAUCAUUCACUUUAAUUAUUUUCAUAUCAAGCUUGCCUGUUUUAAGAACUGAAAUCAGCCACAAUCCAUUUAUCAAGGUUAUUUAGUGCUCCACUAACAUGAAAUUAGAACAUAUAAAGUCACUUAUACCCACCAAAGGUGUUUUACCAAAUUUUCACUACUAUUUUCUCAAUUGUAUCUUUUAUAGAUAUGGUGGUGAAGUCAAACAUGAGUAUUUACUGAGUGUCUACGGUGUACUGUUCAGUUCACAAAAUAUAAUAGAAAUGCUUAAAAUUAAAACAAAUGAUCAAAUAAUUUACACAUCAUAUGUUAGAAGAAAGGAGUAUUCACAAAACACAGUCCAGUGGUACAAAAAGUAAUAUUGAACACAUAGUGUAGAAAAACAAGGUUGGGCAACUGAGAUUUGAGUUGGCAAGAAAUGUUUGGAACACAGAAAACAGUUGCAAAUAAUAACAAUUUCCCAAAUGUGGAGACUCGCACAUGGGAAUACACAUGAAGCAAAUUCUAUUUAGCUGAAAGCAAGUACAUUUAGCUGGCAAAUGCAGAAAUCUGUGUGAAGACAUCACAAGAAAUAAGUCAAGGAGAAGUGCUGGAGCAUUCAUUUGAGAGCAGAUGUGAGAAGAAUUAGGUAAAGGAUGAGAACAGAGGCAGGGACAUCAUCCAGGAGUUCAAUAGUUCGAUAGGUUAAGUGUGAGAUAAUGUAAUCCUCUCACAAUAAAACAAAACUGGUGGAUCUGUGGAGGAAGAUAUAAAAAGGUAAACGAUGGCACAAAUUUAAAACACAAAAGAAAACAAUAUUAAUAAAAGCUUCAGAGUUCAAAAUUUCAGUUGUAGCAAAGGAGUUAUGGGGUGUGUUUAACCUAUUUUAAACAAGCAUCCUUGUACUGUCCGAAAAUGAAUAUUAUACAACAUAUUUGCUACUGAAGCAUCCCAUGAAGUAUUUGCAGAAGAGUAAUGUGAGGUGCUUCUGCAAUGUGGUUUAGAAAUAAAUAAUUACUUUCACUGCUGAUUAUAAUCUCAAAUUCAUAAAGAAGAAAAUAUUGGAGAAAAUAAUUGUGUUCUUAAAAAUGAAGACAUUGAAGUUAUUGAAUCAGAGUGAGGCAAACUUUAAAAGAAAUGAAUUGGGAUUAUUUGUAAUAACUUAUAAAAUUCAACAGGUAGACAGGGUCCCCACAGAACAACAGAGGAUAUGCUAAAAUGUGUCAGAGUUAUAGAAGGCAGUGCAGAGGGUUUUCUUGAGAAGAAUAAGGAAAACAAUGUGAAACUUGGUGAGGCUGACAUCCAAUUUUCACCAAACUUGAAACUGAAGUGAUUGACUAAUUACCUUUUUUAAGAUUUUGAAGCAAAUUCUGUACAGGCCAUUGAACUAGGACAUGAACAUUUUGUUAGUGAUACCCCCUGCAAAUAUUUCCAUUUUAACACAACAAAAAUAUUGCUUACACAUAUAACAAUCUAAUGAGAAUUGGGUAGGAUUACAAGCUGAGAUAUUCAGAGACAAGCUCUAUUUGUUUUGGUUUUGGUUUUGUUUUGUUUUUCUUUUCUCUAUACCCAAGGGAACCUCUUCAUUCACCUACUAGACAGGUUAAGAAAGAGAAGAUGAAAGUUGGAAUAAGAUGUCUCAUAUUCCAAAAUGGGACAAUUUAGUCAGGUAGGGAAUGUAUACAGUUUUAACAAGAAGGAAAGGAAAAUGGAAUUUAACAAGUGUAGUCUCUAUUACUAAAAUGGUGAAAAUUUGUUUUUCCCAUAAAACCAGAAUAUAAGGUAAAAUAUAGACAGGAAACAAAAUACAGAAAAGAGAGUCCUUAUCAUUUUUGGUAUUCUCUGAGCACCAGUAUUAUAGCUGGUCACAAGUAAGUGCUCAUUUGCAUUUGUUGACUAAAUGGACAAGUACAGAUGGAUGCAUCAGUGAAGUUUCAAUCCCUAGAGCCUUACAGAAAUAUAAUUUGGGUGGAGUGUGGUGACACAAUCUUAUAAUUGCAGUUUCUUGGGAGGCUGAGACAGGAAAUUACAAACUCCAGGUCAAUUACUCAGUAAGGACAUAAUAGAUACAGAUGGAUAGAUAGAUGGAUAGAUAGAUAUGUAGAUAGAAGAUAGAUGAUAGAUUAGACAGGUAGAUGACAGAUACAUAUAAACACAUAUAGAAAGAAGAUAAUUUUUCACUUGCUUCUUUUGACAAGAAAUUUUAUUAUUUGGUUGCUUUGCAUUUGUGUAAGGAAGAUGGCCAUAGUAAUGUUUAUCAUCCAAUGUAGCAUUUGCAAAGAGAAGCAAAAUUUUUCGCAAUGAAUUUGUUUGCAAACCUAAAUGUUGCAAACAGUAGUAUGUAACCAAGAUGUUACUGUGUCUUUUCAGGUGCUAGACAUUUAGAAUUCUAUGUCAAUUUGCUAGAGAUCAAAAAUUUCUGAAGAUUCUUCCAGUUAUACAAAUCCUUCCUCAGAGUCUUUGAUUCUUUAGUCCUAUGAUAUCACCCAAACAUAGUCAUCACUCCAAGAACAUCAUCCUUUUUUCAUUAUAUGCGAAUUUAGUGACAACAAAAAUUUUAUUUGUCUUUUGAAGAGGGUGUUUUAUGCCUAUGAUUAUUAUAUUGGGUGGAAACUAUGAAUUACUUUAUGUUACUUUAUGGGCACAAGUGUUCUCUAGUAGCAGUUUCACCUAUGAACUUAGAAUACAGAAGUGUCCAAGAUUUUGUGCUCUUCUGAUAUAUUUUCUAGGUCAUUGAUACACUGAAUCCUCAACCUUCUUCAUACAGGGGAUGUGAGAAAUUGCCUAGAAAAAAAAAAAUAAGGUCAUCCAUUUUAUCUGAGGCAAAUUCCUUAGUCCUUCUCUGGGUUCAUUUCUUCAGUUUCAAAAUAAGGAUAAAAUAAGAUAUAUAGAUUUAUAGUGAACAUUUGUUAGUGAAUGUUGACAAAGCACUUAGAGUAAUGUUUGGCACCAAAUAAGAGCUAUAUGAGUGACCGUUAUUAUUAUUGUCUUACAUAAAAAUGACUCAACUGACACACCAUCUAUGAGAAAUACAAUUUUAUUUUACAUUUGUUUCAGAGGUGACUGCAUAUAUGACCAAGUGCACUCAUUUUUUAGACAGCUGGCUGAAGUAUGAGGUGCAUUCCGUGGUCAUGGAAUAGAUCAGCGCUAAAUGACCCAUACAAGAAAUAAGCCUACAGUAACUUUGACCUCAUUAGUAAUGCGUUCUGAACUAGAUACAAAACAGGACUCUCAGAACAUAGAUUAUUCAGAUUUGCUGUCCAUGUUAAUCAAAGUCCCCAGACAAUUGCUUGAUAUUCUGCUUCACUUUUGCUAGGUUUACGCAAGACCAAAACAUCUGGAUGAGAAGUGAAAAAAUGCAGAUGUUUAAGCCUCAUAAUGGGAAACGUCCAGCUGUCUGAAAUUUGGAUUUGUCAUUUUGUUCUUUAUUUUAAAAGAAAGAGAAGCCAAAAGAAACAAAGCAAAACAAAACAAAAAUCUACCAUAGACUGUCUUCUUUUAAUCUUUUAAAAUCAAGCUGGAUUUUUGUUAUAGAAAUUUAAAAUGCCCCAAAUAUGAUUAAGAAAUUUUAUAAUAGUAAUAAUUCACAAGCUUUCCUUCAGUAAGAGAUUUUUUGAGAAGAUAUUUAAUCUAUGAGUAGCAGUGUUUUUUAAAAAUUUUUUUUCUGAGACAAAUUCUAGCUAUGUAAUUUAUCCUGGUCUAAAACUCAGUGUGUAGCCCAGGAUGCCCUGCAACUCACAGCUAUCCUCCUGCUCCAGCCUCCCAAGUCCUGGCUUACAGCAGUGUGUUGCAAUGCCCAACUAAGGAUUUUUUGUUUAUUUUGUUUUAUCUUUGUGGUUGUUUUGUCCCACCCCACCCCCUUUUUCAUGAGAAUUUUCUCAAAAGUUCUCCCAUCAAUAUCCUCAAAUAAUCUUAACUAAGUUAAAUCAUAUUUUUCCUAGUGAAUUGCCAAGUCUAGCCUUUAUGAUUCCACCAAACCCGUCUAUUAGGAAAAUAAAUAUGUUUACUAAGUAACACAUUAGUAAGUAUUUAUUUAUGCAAUUUUAGAUCUAGAUGGUGACUUGAAGGCAUUCUAAUAUAUUUCAAUCAUUUAAUUUUAUUGUGGGAAACCUAAGUGACUUGCUCAAGUGACAUGUACCAUGGAAGCCUACAACUAUGAAGCAACUGAUGGGUAAGUUUUGAUAAAGAUAGAAGGAGAAAGAGAUUGAAAGUAGGAAGGAUCAGGAUUUCAUAAAGCUUCUGUGCCCAUGUGGAAUGGUAAAAAAUAUGCCGAAGAUAUGAGUGGGAGUUAGGUGAGCAAUAAGCAGAAAACUCAUAGGAACUACAAGAUAACUAAGCUUCCCUUAGGACUAAUUGUGUAAAUAUAUACAACAAUAACUAACACAAAUAUCAGUCUUGUAUGUAAUGGUGGUUGGGAAUAAGAUCACCUCAUUUGGCCAGUGAAGAUAAAAAGUUUAGUUUUUCACAAAGUCUUACAUAAGGUGCCAAAGAACUAAGCUCAAGUUUGGGGAAUUUGUUUUGAAUAUCAACUAGUGCUCAAUUACACAAGCACAUGGUAAGCAAAACUACCUUCAGAUCAAAGUGAAUCUUUCCAAGUUGCUAGUGCUAUUUUGGGCAAUAUGUGUGGAGAAAAUACAAAUCAACUGUUGUCAAAUGCUUCAAAGGUCAUGGAAAAAAUAAAUGAGAAAAAUUUGCUGUAUGUAUGAGUUUGUCCCAUACAAAAUGCAAACAGAAAUUUCUUUUCUAAGUUGCCUGAUCUUCAAAGCCCCUCCAUACAACAAAGAGAAUCCUUAGUUACAGUGUGUCCUUAUUUGUGUAUUAGGACCAAAAUCCAUACAAUGUUCAGUGCUUAUGAUUAUUAUGUAAUGGUCAUUUCUUUUGAUAAAGUAAAAAUAUGACUGGAAAUAAAAAUAUGUGCAUUAGAGAGAAACAUAGAAUAAAGCUAUAUAAUUCAGAGCUCAACCAUUUCACCAUACCCAACCAUUUAUCACUUCAAUUUCAAAACAGUAAUCCUGCCAGUGGAAACAGAAAACAAGUUGUCAGCAGUUUUCCUCAAGCAUGGUGGAACCACAAA